GACCAGUGGACGUCGACGAAUAUAUAAGGAGAAGCAGCCAACCGGUCCAGCAGUUCCAAAUCCAUCCAGACAAUCCAAACCAUGUCCUCGUCAUCCAUCGCAGUGGCAGGCGGUUCAGGCGGUCUCGGCGGGUUCAUCGUUGACGCCCUUGUCGCCACGGGCAACUUCCAGGUCAAAGUCCUCACCAGAGGAGCUGCCCCUGCGGAGCCCAAGCGGGAGGUGGAGUACGCGCAGGUUAACUAUGCGGACCACGACCAGUUGGUUGACGCCUUGCGCGGCGUGAAGAUCGUCGUUUCGGCCCUGAACGCAUUCGCCGUUGGGUUCGAGCAGCAAGCGCUUAUCGCGGCUGCGGCCGACGCGAAGGUCGAGCGCUUCGUUCCCUCUGAAUUCGGGUUGCCGCCACAGCACGGGAAGGAUUACGGCUUUUACGCGGGAAAGAUCCGCGCGCAGAAAGCCAUCCAGUCUGCCGGCCUCGAAUACGUCCUAUACGGUGUUGGCAGCUUUACCGACUAUGCUUUCUACCCCCCCUUCGGGUUUGAUUUCGACAACGACGCCGUCGACGCUCCUGGCGAUGGCGAUGCGCCAAUCUCGUGGACGUGGAGGGAGGAUGUCGGCCGGUUUGUUGCGGAGACUGUGGCGUUGCCGGAGAGUAGAAAUGUGACGCUCGGGGUUGAGGGCGAUGUGAAGAGUGUGAGGGAGGUGGCGGAGAUUGUCGGGCGCAAGAAAGGCGUGAAAAUGACCAUAACACAUACCCCUCUCGAAGAUCUCGCCGAAGCAGCCAAAACAUCCGACAACGGGUUCGUCGUCUUCGCGAGCGAGCUGCGGACCGCCUUCGCGAAAGGCGAUAUGAGGGUGCCUUCCCCGACGAAGCCCCGCACCUUCAAGCCCAAGACCGUGGAGGACUGGGUGCAGCAGAACAUCUGAGUGUACAGCAGAAUAAUUCUUGGAGUCCAAAACCCCCAUGGAAAAGUCCUUGACGCAGGCGGUAUAUGAAGAGAAGCUGGCGUAAAUCAUCCUGCAUUGCAAUGGGAUGCAAAACAAAUUGAUCCAUUCUUUCGAACACUUGUGGCUUGCACUUCCCCGCUGUAGAACACCCAUGUUUGACAUAGGACGAUCCGAAAAAAUGCGGAAAUGUUUAGACUCCAAUGAUAACACGCGCAGUGAGG